UAUCUUUUAAUAAAUUGUCACUUUGGUUUUUGUUUUGAUAUUUAAUUAUGUUCAUUUCGUACUUCCAACCAUAGUUCCAACCAUACUUCCAACCACCAAAAUUUUCCGUUAAUAUGAUAAAUGCAACAGAAAUACAUGACAAAAAUCAAAAAAUACUACACAUUGUCUCAUUAAUCAACCCGUAUCAUGCAUUAAUUAAGAUUCUUACUGAAAACAUACUAAUAACUCUUCAAUUGGAGGCGAUAUUUCUAUACGUUCUCCUCGAUCCGAAUAGAAAAACGAGACAGAUAACACCGGCAAUUAAAGAGGAAACUUUCUCGCAAUUAAAACGACCGGAAGUGGUGAUUGGUGAACCGUGUUGGGAAAGGAUAGAUGUCAAGAAUGGGGAAAAUGCAAAAACAAUGGAGCGGGGAGGUGAAAAAAAGAAGCGCAAGCCAAAGAAAGUGGCGAAAGAAUUGGAAAGAAAGAGAAAGGAUAGGGAAGAAAGAGAGAAGCGCGAGGAGGAGGAGAAGGAGCGUUUACGCAAAUGGGAGGAAUGUUGGGAAAGGAAGUUUCGGGCCCAGGAAGAACUCGAUCAUGCGGAAUGUUGCGUGGAUAAAGGUUUCUGCCUUAAACCGAGGACACAGUCGAAUAUUUGGAUCAAUGUUACUCAGGACAGAUCAGUGCAAGAAAUACAUAUGUCCAUCAAACACGUCCCAGUUCCAAAACCAAAGCCUCCACCUCUACCGCCUUUGCAAAAACCAAUGGUUACAAUUUCCCCACCGGUGGAGAAAAUCGUCACAGUGAAAGAAAAAGAAACGAAAAAGCCUGAGAAAGAGAUAAGCACGGAAAAAAAGAAGAAGAAAUAGUUCUUUAUUAGGCAGUUUAUUUCUCUGUUCGUCGAGAUAUUUAUAAAAAUACAUCGAAAUCCACGACAACGACGUCAUGACAUGUUAUUUUCGUCGUUCGGGGUACAGUUCGGCGAAGUACAGAAAUGGAAAUAGUGGAGAAACAUAAAAGAAAGAGUGGGAUGUUCUCCCUGUUUGCACCAGUUUUCAUUCUCUUUCAUUAUUCUUUUGCUAAAUAUCACAAUACUCUAUGUAACAAAAACGACCUAAAAAUGAAAGAAUUUCUUCAAAAUACUGUUAAUAUAAAACCGAUUACAUAUGUAUAAUAGAAAAUAAAUUAUCAACAAAUAAAUACAUCUAACAAAUUAU